AUGUUUCAGUGGGCGUUUGGCAAGUCACUCACGCCGCAGGAGCGGCUUCGUAAGAACCAGCGGGCGCUAGAAAAAACCCAGCGAGAGCUUGGUCGAGAGGUGGCCAAGUUGCAGCAACAGGAAAAGAAACUUAUCAACGACAUCAAAAAGUCCGCUAAGCAAGGCCAGAUAUCAAGUGCAAGGAUUCAGGCCAAGGAUCUAAUAAGAACCAAGUCAUACAUCAACAAGUUCAACUCAAUGAAAGCACAACUUCAAGCAAUCUCCUUGCGCGUGCAAAGUGUCAGGCUGAACCAACAAAUGGCUAUCUCGAUGCGAGACGCCACCCGGGUGCUCUCUGGGAUGAACAGAUCAAUGAACUUGCCGCAGCUAUCACGGAUAGCACAGGAAUUUGCCAAGGAGAACGAUAUGAUGGAUCAGAAACAGGAGUUUAUGGAUGAUGCCAUUGACGAUGCAAUGGCAUUGGAUGAGGGCGAGGGGGAGUUGGGCGAGGAGGACAACAUUGAUGAGAUUUUGGGCAAGGUUCUUGACGAAAUUGGGGUUGACUUGAGCGCAAACUUGAAGGAUACACCUGUGGGGAUUACUGGAAGAGAGGAGACGGAAAGUAGGAGCAGAGUUGCAGAGGGUAUUGGAGAAGGUGGUGGUGGAGGAGGAGGAGGAGGCGGAGGAGCACAUGACAAUGACGACAACGACUUACAAGCACGUUUAGACAGUCUAAAAAAGUAA